AUGGGCUCGCUGAGCAGCCGGGUGCUGCGGCCGGCGCUGCCGCGGGGCGAUGGCGCGGCCGGGGACGGCGGCGGCCGCGGCGGCAAGAGGAAGCGCGGCGGGGCCGAGGGGCCCGGUGACAGCGACAGCGACGGCGAGGCCGAGCGGGAGGAGAGGCUCCUCAACACCCCCCGCAGGAAAAAGUUGAAGAGCACCUCUAAGUACAUUUACCAGACUCUGUUCUUGAAUGGGGAGAACAGUGACAUCAAAAUCUGUGCUCUGGGAGAGGAGUGGAACUUGCAUAAGAUCUACUUGUGUCAGUCAGGCUACUUUUCCAGUAUGUUCAGUGGGUCUUGGAAGGAAUCAAACAUGAAUGUCAUAGAGCUGGAGAUUCCUGACCAAAAUAUUGAUAUAGAAGCUCUGCAGGUGGCUUUCGGCUCUCUCUACAGAGACGAUGUCCUGAUCAAGCCCAGCCGAGUGGUGGCGCUUCUAGCAGCAGCCUGCAUGCUGCAGCUUGAUGGCUUAAUCCAGCAAUGUGGUGAAACAAUGAAGGAAACCAUUAAUGCCAAAACUGUCUGUGGUUAUUACAACUCAGCAGGGACCUAUGGGCUAGACUCUGUGAAGAAAAAGUGCCUUGAGUGGCUCUUGAAUAACCUGAUGACUCACCAGAGUGUUGAACUCUUCAAAGAACUCAGCAUAAACCUCAUGAAGCAGCUGAUCAGCUCCUCUAACCUGUUUGUGAUGCAAGUGGAAAUGGAUGUCUACACUGCUCUCAAAAAGUGGAUGUUCCUUCAGCUUGUGCCUUCCUGGAAUGGCUCUUUGAAGCAGCUCUUAGCUGAAGCUGAUGCCUGGUUUGCCAAGAGGAGGAAAGAUUUUGAGGAGGAGAUGGCAUUCCUGGAGUCAGAACAGGGCAGUGCCUUCCUGCCUGUCUUCUCCCACCUGAGGCUGCAGUACAUCAUCAGUGACUUGGCAUCAGCCAGGAUCGUGGAGAGGGAUGCCCUGAUCCCCUCAGAGUGGCUGUGCUCUGUUUACAAACAGCAGUGGUUUGCCAUGCUCAGAGCAGAACAGGACAAUGACAUUGGGCCUCAAGAGAUAAACAAGGAAGAACUGGAAGGAAACAGCAUGAGGUGUGGGCGGAAGCUGGCCAAGGAUGGUGAUUACUGCUGGCGCUGGACUGGCUUCAACUUCGGCUUUGACCUGCUGGUGACCUACACCAAUCGCUACAUCAUCUUCAAGAGGAACACUCUGAACCAGCCCUGCAGCGGCACCGUCAGCCUGCAGCCUCGCCGCAGCAUCGCCUUCAGGUUACGUCUGGCCUCCUUUGACAGCAGUGGGAAGGUUAUCUGCAGCAGAACAACAGGAUACCAGAUCCUAACCCUUGAGAAGGACCAGGAGCAGGUGGUGAUGAACCUGGACAGCAGGCUCCUGCUUUUCCCCCUCUACAUCUGCUGCAACUUCCUCUACACCUCCCCGGAGAAGAAGGCUGAGGGGGAGGCCCUGCCAGAGCUCCCUGAGCCCUGAGGCCUCUGCCCAGGGCAGCAGCAGGGCUGGGGCUGCCCAGGGCUGGGGCAGCAGCCAAGGCCUUACACUGUAGCAAACAUUCAUGGCCUUAGUACCACCUAUGCAGCUCUGAGAAGAGGAUCAGAACCUCUCUAGGCCAAAACCUGUUCCCCCUCAGCUCCUGUCCCUGCUGCUGGCCGUGCCCUGCCUGCAGCCAUUCUGCUUCUGCUGCUCCUCAUAGCUCUGGGCCAAGAACUGAGCCAAGCUGGAGAGAGGGAAUUGGUGUGAAGGACACCUCAGCAGCUUCCCUGACCCACUCUGGCACCUGUGGUGGCUUCAGGCAGGCAGUUUGGUGGCUUUGGGGCUUUCCAUGGCUGAGUUUGAGCCCCAGACCCUUCCUCCUGCUGCUCUCCUCUGCUCCUCUUCCUCUAGGUCUGAGCCCAGCCCUAGGAGCAUUGCCCUGGCAGCUUUAGCUGGGGCUGUGCACCACUUCUCCAACCCUUGCUUGGUUCAGAGCCUUUCAGCCAGUCAGUUUGGCUUUGGGGCAUUCCAUAGCUGAGUUCUGAGCCCCAGACCCUUCCUCCUGCUGCUUUGCUCUGCUCCUCUUCCUCUAGGCCCGAGCCCAGCCCUGGGAGCGUUGCCCUGGCAGCUUUUGUUAGGCCUUUGCACCACUUCUCCAGCCCUUGCUUGGUUCAGAGCCUUUCAUUCUGUCAGUUUGGGGCAUUCCAUGGCUGAGUUCUGAGCCCCAGACCCUUCCUCCUGCUGCUUUGCUCUGCUCCUGUUCCUCUAGGUCCAAGCCCAGCCCUGGGAGCAUUGCCCUGGCAGCUUUAGCUGGGUCUUUGCACCACUUCUCCAGCCCUUGCUUGGUUCAGAGCCUUUCAGCUCAGCCCUGCACAUUCUCCUUUGUGUUUCCCAUGGCAGCAACCAUUUCUCCUUUUCCUAGCAGAGGAAUUUGCUGAUGAAGAUGCUCAGUUUCAGCCAGUCAGUUUUGGGGCUUUCCAUGGCUGAGUUCUGAGCCCCAGACCCUUCUUCUGCUGCUCUCCUCUGCUCCUCUUCCCCUAAGCCUGAGCCCAGCCCUGGGAGCAUUGCCCUGGCAGCUUUAGCUGGGGCUGUGCACCACUUCUCCAGCCCUUGCUUGGUUCAGAGCCUUUCAGCCAGUCAGUUUGGUGGCUUUGGGGCAUUCCAUAGCUGAGUUCUGAGCCCCAGAUCCUUCCUCUGCUGCUCUCCUCUGCUCCUCUUCCCCUAGGCCUGAGCCCAGCCCUGGGAGCAUUGCCCUGGCAGCUUUAGCUGGGGCUGUGCACCACUUCUCCAACCCUUGCUUGGUUCAGAGCCUUUCAGCUCAGCCCUGCACAUUCUCCUUUGUGUUUCCCAUGGCAGCAACCAUUUCUCCUUUUCCUAGCAGAGGAAUUUGCUGGUGGAGAUGCUCAGAAGUGAAUUGGUUUUCUUUUUACCCCUCCCCUCCUCCAAAUCUGCUUGGCUUUGCCUCUGUCCUUCAGCAGCCUUCCAGUUGGCAUCCACCUGCUGAAUGCUUCCUGCACUCCCCUGUCCCCAAGCCCCAGGUUUGAACCCUGAGGUGAGUUAAGUUUUAAGUGUUCUGUUGGGAAUGUUCUACCCCCAACCCCCCCCACCCCUGUUUUUAGCUCAGGAACUUGUGACCUUUGAGUGCCUUUUGAGUUGGAGGUGUCCACAAAGGCUUCACAGCAGCUCAGCAAGGUCACAGGAUCCCCAAAAGUGAGAGUUGGGAAGCAAGGGAUUGCUUCCCAGCUGGCUGUUGGGAGGGUCAACCUCUCUCUGCUUUUCUGUUUGGGUUUUGUGUUUGGCCUGGUGCAAUUUUGGAUUCUUCCAGCUGGAUUUUUGUUUUUUGUUGGGAUUCCAAGGGUGGAAUUGAGCCUCUUGAGCCUAUUUUUUUAAGGUUAACCAAACCAUUUGUACUUUGUAACAAAAAAAAAUACCCAACCCAAAGGUGUUGGGUGAGAGAGAGACAGAAAGGUGGCAGCUGGUCAAUAAAGGGUUUUCCACUGGA